GGCGUGGACUGCAAGCAGGAACAAUACCAUGAGGAGUAACUCUUCAAAGUAUUCACGCUCCUUUGGCCUGCUGUCGGACCAGCACAUUUCCGAGCACAUAGACCGGAGGAUGUAUAUGAUUGGAGAUGAGGUGGACUACCAACCCUACGAGUACAGAUAUGAGGGGAGAGGCAGCAAGUGCCAGUCGCUGGAUGAGCUAUCGCUAAGUAACCUGGGGGAUGACUUGAAGUUCCUAGGGGACCUGGGGUCAAAGUUCAACACCCUGGGGGGCAUCUGUCGCCAGGACAUGUAGGAAAGGAA